GCAGAGUACAUGGGCGCAGCUUGUUUGCAGGAGCUGCUGAAAAUGGCGGUUGGGGAAGCCGCGGAUGGGCAGGUUCACUUUGAUUGUAAUUUGUUGUUGCAUCCGGAGCUCCUGUCCGGAGAUUUUCUCCUGCAGCUGUUGAAGCAGAGGGAAAUACCUACUGAGAACCUGCAUGAUGCAGAGAAGGAUCAGAUUGUUGAAGUGUACAUUCAGCAUGUCAUCCCCCUGCCACAGAGGGAGUUGCCCAAGAAUAGAUGGGGAAGAAAGAUGGUUGAGAAAAGAAAACACCAGUCCAUUUGUGCGACACAGAGUAAAAGGCCAACACCAGAGGUUUCAAGAAAAAGACCUCUAAUUGUGUUCGAUGGCAGCUCUACGAGCACGAAAAUAAAACUAAAAAAGAAUGACAGUGGAACGGCUGAUCUAGUCCAACAUCCGCCAGCAGGGAUUGCAAACACGAGUCCCAAUAAUACACCCCCUGUCCAGCUAAGUGACACACACAUUCUGACUGAUGUUAAUGCAGUCAAAAAUCCAGUUCGAGGUGCUGUAUCUACCAACGGUAUGGCCACCAUGAAACAUGGAGGUGACAUGCCUUUGAAAACCUCACCUUUGCCGUGCCCAACAUCUCCUGGAGGCGCCAAUCCCAUAAAACUAAAGCGAGCGCUUCCAACAGAUGGAGAGGGUGAUCCACCAGGGGAGUUAAGCUCUGCAGACCCAAAGAGAAAGAUUCAACAUGUUACUUGGCCAUAAAAUCUGCUAGUCCUAAUAUUUCGGGGAUGGUGUUUUAUUUAUAUUUGAGUUAGCAAUGCCAACAAACCUCUUGGAAAUGGCAGCCUAGAAAACCAACUGGAAAAGAUGCACUCAUUAUACUGUUUUAAAAAAAGAUAACCUGACCAAAUUUGGUUCUGAAAAGUAGGCCAACUACUGGCAUACAUCCCCCACUGAGCAAUUUUGUACCACAUUACAAUUUAUAUAUUCUGUACAACCAUGGGUUUUUUUUGAUUUAGCUUUCUGUUUGUGAAAGGUUCGUCAUUAUAUUUUGAAUAGAAAAUAGAUCGUCAUGUAGCAUAUGAGGUACGGUAUAUUACAUUAUGCAUAAUUACUGCAUAAAUGAUCAGGCCUGCAAAUAACUGCAUGAACAAUGAGUUUAAAACUGAAACUCCCUUUUAGUUGUAAUAAUGGUUCAAGAGCACCAUUCUGCCUUUAAAAAAAUAUUAUGCUGUAUUUUUCCAUCUGAUUUGUUUCCAGAAUUAACUCCUUUUUAUUUUUAAAUUAUAUUUCAUGUUGCAAAACAAAGCCCAAGUAAACGGCAUAAAAGACGUUGUUUCAAUUGUGCAGGAAUGGAAACAUGAGCUUGUAUAAGAAUAAAUCCACUGUGAGCGGGUAGAUUUUCAUUGAUUUCCUCAAUCCCGCCGGAAAUGUAAACUUGUUUCGGUCUAUUGUUUUAUUAAAGAACACUAUAUUGUCAUCACAAAUUUUAAA